GCGUUUAAUCAAUUACGUCAGUGCUUUAUAUCGGAGGCCGAGGAGGUGAAACAGUGCACUCCCCGUACCAUUGACUACAUGGCCCGCUGGGCCACAGAGAUAUACGGCGAGCUCAUGGAUAUUAUGUGCUAUGAAUACCCUGAAUCGAGCGAUCGAUGUGUCAAGGUGAUCAGCGAAAUACCCGAAAUUGAUAACAACACGGUUAGACCGCAAUCAUUUAUAUCGCCGUUAAUCACACUUCUCGGUAAUCUUGGAGAUGAUGAGGGUCAACCCGAUUAA